UGUCCUCAAAAUCCUUCAGAGAUUAUAAGCGUUGGAGAAGACGGUUCUAUACAGGGGAAAGAUUUACGUUCAAAUGAACCUUGCAAUAAAAUGUUACAGUUAUCAUCAGAUUUACAGCGUAAAUAUACGAAAAAAGUAGGCCUCUACAGUAUUUCUCAUCAUCCUUAUAUGCCUGAAUUUUGUGUUAGUGGCUGUGAUAAUUUUGUACUUGUGUAUGACAAACGAAAUAUGAAAAAUAAUCCGUUACACAUGAUGUGUCCAGAGCAUUUGCUCGAUUAUGGUAGUAUAUCCUCAGUAACUUGUUGCGUUUAUAAUAACACAGGUACUGAGAUUUUGGCCACCUAUGGCAAUGAGAAUAUAUAUUUGUUCAAUAAUCUGUGCUAUGAAAAAGGAGCAUUUCUUCAUUGCUACAAAGGACACGCUAACCAGCAAACCAUAAAAGGUGUAAAUUUCUUUGGCCCUAAUUGUGAAUAUAUAAUCAGUGGCAGUGAUUGUGGCAACAUAUAUUAUUGGGAUAAAAAUACUGAAGCUAUAGUUAAUUUUAUGCCGGGCGAUAUUAGUGGUGUGGUUAACUGUCUGGAACCACAUCCUUCUGUACCCAUAUUGGCAACUUCUGGCUUAGAUGAUAACAUUAAAAUUUGGACAUCUAGUGCUGAAACAUAUCCGCCGGAUUUAGCUGACUUAGAACAUUGCGUCUCUCGCAAUAUGGCACGAACCACUUUAGAAAAUGUCGACCGAUUGGAUCAUGGACAAUUCCGUUUCUUUAUGCGAUAUUAUUUGAGCCGUCGUCUUAAUUCAUAAAUAUAAAUUUGCUGCGCAGCAAGAACCAAAUAUCUCUAUGCCUAUACGAAGUAUUUGAAAAGGAACAUGAUUUUCUGCUACGUAACAUAAUUACAUGCAGCCAAUGGAGCUCUUUAUUUCUGCGUUUUAUUACAUCUUAUUACUCCAUUGUGCAUGUACAAAAAUUUGUUAUUGCAGCAUACUCAUUAACACUAUAAUAGACUCAUAGUACACAUGCCAAAA